UUCCUGCGUCGUGCAGAAACCCAUCCUGACCCUUUAGAGGUAUAAAUAGGAGUGCGUGCCCCCAUCGGUGUUCUGUUGAUGUUAUUGUGUUGGCCGAGCGGUAUAACAUGGUACAGGGGUUGAAGCCCGGGGUGCGGGGCAGCGCGGCGCUGAAGGCUGGCCAUCCCCCCGCAGUGAUGGCGGGGGGGAAACGGGUGGCCAAGAAGACCCCUGAAGAGGCCUCUCCCCCAGCGAAAGAUGUGAAGCGAGCUGUGGACAAAGCCAGGUCCUUGCCUGCUCCAAUCAGAAUGCAGUCUGUUAAUCUGCUCUUGUCAGGCACCCUGGACAAGUUGGCACAUGACUUCCCCACGGCCCCAGUGAGUGUGCGGCACAGUCGGCUGAUGCCUGCGGUGGCAAAACCACAUUCGCCGAAGACUUUCGUCAUCCAGCAGCCCAGGAAGUGCUGAGCGAGGCGGCUGUGUGUGCCCCCCCCCCACCCGCUAUGGCAGAGCAGAACCGGGGGGGGGGGGGGGGGGUGACGACAGGAAACCUCUAGUGGUGGACCCUACCACUUGGUCGCACACUCUGGGUCCUUGUCUUUCUGGGUGUGAACGAGUGUUGCGUCGUUUUCCCUACAAAUCUGUAGCUUUUGCUAAAAUUGCUUUGCUGUUGGAGGCCUUUGAAGGGGAAUUUGCACUUAAGUUGUCCGCAUGAGGACACAUGGGCUGUAUGUGCUCAUUUUUGACUUCAGAUGUUUGAUCCAGAGUACCUGGAAUCGAAUAAAACUGCAUUUCUGACUUUA